ACUACUUGCAUCAAAAACAGCAGUCUGUGGUCGGUGUUGGGAAGAAAAGACGACGAAAAUAUGGCCGCAAGUAGGAUCUGCUGCUGACAUUUGAAAACACAAGAAAAGUAAAAAAAAAAUGAGAUAGAAGUGAGUUCAUUUCGAUUCAAAACGCGCGUGAAUAAUAAUUCGAAAUCCUCGGCGAGAAGUGGGUUUCUGAGAGUUCAUAUAAUUUUUCUGUGAAUUGUGCAGUGUUGAUUCCUUGACCACCUGGUUCGAAAUUGUAUUUGUUUUUAGUGUAAUUUACCCAGGAAGUGCUAUGUGUAGGAUUUCUUCUAGUGGAAUCAUUUCCUAUGGCACAGAAGGAAUAGACUUUGAUGUUUUCCCGAGAUUCGGAAUAGCCAAUUUGACAUUGUAUCCGACUUUUGACGGAUGCCUCCCGUAGACCUGUGCCUAGUGCCGAAGAGGUCCAUGGAAUCGUUCCAUCGCAAUGGGAGCACUUUCAGCAGUACAAACACCUCAUCCGAAAGGCCGCAUAGGGGGCCACACCUAUACAAGUUGGGUACAGCUCUUUAUGAUUAUGAUGCGCAAGGGGAGGAUGAACUCACACUUCGUAAGGGACAAAUUGUUGAGGUCCUGUCCGAGGACGCGAAGAUCUCGGGCGACGAGGGUUGGUGGACGGGGAAGAUCGACGACAAAGUCGGCAUAUUCCCGUCCAACUUCGUCUCCUACGACGAUCCGAUAAGCGCCAUGAACACCAUCAUGUCCGACAUCCACCCCAUCAAGAUAGACUUCUCCGAACUGGAGCUCGAGGAGGUGAUCGGCGUCGGCGGUUUUGGUAAGGUGUACAGGGGCGUGUGGGGGGACCGCGGCGGCGGCAGGGAGGUGGCGGUCAAGGCGGCGCGGCAGGACUCCGACGCCGACAUAAACGCGGUCGUGGAGAACGUGCUUAAGGAGGCGAAACUGUUCUGUCUGCUCGAACACGAGAACAUAGUGUCGCUGGAGGGCGUGUGCCUGCAGGAGCCGAACCUGUGCCUGGUGCUGGAAUACUGCAGGGGCGGCUCGUUGAACAGGGUGCUGGCCGGCAGGAAGAUCAGGCCGGACGUGCUGGUCGAUUGGGCCAUCCAGAUCGCCAGGGGGAUGGAUUACCUGCACUGCGGCGCGCCGAUUUCGCUGAUUCACAGGGACCUGAAGAGUUCGAAUGUCCUCAUCUACGAAGACAUCGAGAACGGCGAGUUUCAGUUCAAAACGCUCAAGAUAACGGACUUCGGCCUCGCCAGGGAAGUCUACAAGACCACGAGGAUGUCCCAGGCGGGGACGUACGCGUGGAUGGCGCCCGAAGUGAUAAAAAAUUCGACGUUCUCGAAGGCCAGCGACGUGUGGAGCUACGGCGUGCUGCUGUGGGAGCUGCUGACCGGGGAGACGCCUUACAGGGGCAUCGACACCCUGGCCGUGGCCUAUGGGGUUGCCGUGAACAAACUCACCCUGCCCAUACCGAGCACUUGCCCGAAGCCUUGGGGAGACCUGAUGGAAAGAUGCUGGGAAUCUGAUCCACAUCGGCGGCCCUCCUUCGAGCAAAUCCUGGAGUCCCUGGAUUCGAUAGUACACUCGUCGUUCACCCAAACACCCCACGAAAGUUUCCACAUAAUGCAAGACGACUGGCGGCAGGAAAUUGAGGAGGUCCUACUGGAGUUACGACGAAAAGAAAAGGAACUUCGAUGUAGGGAAGAGGACCUCCACAAGGCGCAGAUGCUGCAGAAGAUGCAAGAGGAACAGUUACGAAUGAAAGAGAAAGAAUUGCACGACCGAGAAUUCGACCUUCUGCGAAGAGAGCUUAAUUUUAUUAUAACGCAACAGACACCGACCCCUAACAAGAGGAAAGGAAAAUUAAACAAAUCCCGCUUGAAAUUGCUGAAGAAGGAACCGGGUACGACGAUAGGUUAUCCGUCUGACUUCAGGCAUACGAUUACGGUGCAACACACUGUAGAUCCGAAAACUAUAGCUGGAGUUAUAACACCUCAUAGUCCUCCUGGUAGUCCAGCUAUACCCAGACUCCGAGCAAUAGCCCUGCCCGCCGACGGAGUCAAGGGCAAAACCUGGGGUCCAUCCACGUGCCAUCAGAGGGAAAGGGGGCAGAUCACGAUGCUCAGGCCCGCUCAAAAUCGGAGCAUAUUCUCGAAGAGCGCGCCGAACCUGGACAAGACGCGCGCCAUUUUGGGUGGCAAGUCGCCGCACGAAAUAGAUUUCGUGCCACCAGAGGACUGGGGACCCGAGUAUCCCAUACCGACUACAAUACGACACAAUGUGCCUUUUCCGACAUUAUACAGUGGUGAAGGUCAAAGAGCGAAACCAAAGCUAGGUAUAGUUGAACUCGUUUUGUACAAUAUCGCCGCAAUGUUAGCCGGUGUAGCAUCCGGAUACGAUGUCAGAUUAUCCAAUGUAUCACCUUUCCACCCCAAGCUACAACCCAACAGGUCAGAAUUCGGAGAUCUACCCGCCUGGCGUCCCAUCGAAAACCAGGACUACGAAUACUCGACGACUUCCGGCUACAACCAUAACACUUAUCACGGCCCCACGAAGCACUAUCGUCCGAUGCUCACGGGGUCUCAACUCAUAAACAAUUUGCAACCGGAGGAUCAGCGGCCGCUCAGAUUCACCGAUUCGCCUCAGCAUCACCCGCCCAAUCCGUCGCCCAGGAGGAAAUCCAGCUCGACGAGUAACGACGGUUCGGAGAUGUACGGUCCUUACGAGAGGAACGCGACGAUAUACAUUCCAGGAGACUACCAACACGAACUCCACUCCUACAGGGCAGAGAACCCCACCUACGGUCACUAUGUCGAUCAGUCCUACGGGGGAUACAGCUCCGAAUACUCGGGUACUGGGACGAGUACCACACUGUACGGGUACGGAACCGACUACGCCUACGACAACCCGUCGAGCAUCAGCAGUCACAGCGGUUCCAGAACGCCUCAACGGUUACCCCUGCAAACCCACAGGAGAACCCCUUCGAACGUCUCCAACGCAAGCUCGACAAACGUCAGCGGGUCCAACGUCAAUCCCACCUUUCGACUGGAGGAAGAUCCCGCGCACACCCCCACCCAUUUCGCUCGCAGACCGCUGUACGAUUACGACUACAACAAUUUCCAGAGACAGGGUUCGCACGACGUCAGUUUCGAACGGCCUACAACGUUGGAAACCACCACCAAACUCCGUUCGAGUCUGAAACGCAACAACUACCAAUCUAGUCAAGGUCAUUCGGGGGGAAACACUCCAACUAACCCGACUCCCCCCGACAGUCUGACGUCGGACGACAGCUCGUAUGUGUCCGCGAAGGACAGCAAUAGCUCCGUUACGAGGGUUAGGUUUUCUCCCACGACGCUUAGGGAUAUACCGGUUAUAGGGCAAGCUCAAGAUGUUAAUGUUCCUCUACAAGUUCGACGGACUAGACAACGGCCGAGUUUGGCCGAGAUGGAAAGGGAGUUCAUGCAAUAAUGAAGGGAACGAGUAGAAAAUCGGUUUUAUUAGGUACUAGCACCAUACAACUAAUGGUAGUAGAUUUAAACGUCGCCCACCAUUCAGAGUUAAUUUUGUGACGAAAAAGCGCUGAGAUCAAAAACUAGAGUAACUAGACCCAUGCAUGCCUACCAUACUACCAAAAAAAACUGCAGUCUGAAUUAGUGGCAGAGGGACUAAAGUGGGCACGCCCCCCUCUCCAGAAUUUCCCAGAUAUUUUUCAACCAAGCAUAAAAUGACAUUGAGCUUCCUAGUUCCCCCCCAAAAGAACCAUAGCCACGCCAAUGUCACUGAUAUCAGAACCAGUUCAGACUUGAACCGGUUCUGAUAUCAGUGAGGAUUUUUAUGUUCCGCCACUGUAAAAAUAACAUAGCAAAUAUUGGUGGACCACGUCAAGGUUUAUUUUGUUGUAUUUUUAAAGAUCUUAUUUUAAUUUGAUAACUGUUGAGAGGGUCCUUGUUGGUCUGGGUUAAAGAGACUCAAUUUAACAAAAUGCCGACGUUUCGAUUCAUUUAAAAUCUUCUUCAGGGUUCUACAAUAGAUGGUACACAUUAAGACGCUAUUUAAAGAAGGUAGCAUUACAAAUCAACAAGAAAAAUAUUAGAACAAUUUGGGAGGAAACUUCCAUAUAGAAAGUUUUGUAUACACAUUGUUUUAUUUACUUUGAAAAGAAAAUCUCUCGACAAUAAAAAAUACGAUAGAAGAAGGAAGAUGAACGAAAUAACUGAACUUGAAUCUUUUCCUUUCUUCGAGCAUGAGUUCUUGUUAGCACUGAUUCCUCCAGAAUUCAACGAAUUCAAUCCAAUUUAGGAGAAAAAUUCGGUGAAAAAAUUAACUUCUACCGUAUAAUCACCAAACACGCGGGUUAUCAAAAAAAAAACUAACGAACAGGCAGAAUAUCCAGUUUUUCCAUCAAAAACAUUCACGAGAAACACACCGAGAUUUUUCUAAAUUGUCAUCGAUUGUGAAAGAGAAUCAUAAAACAAUAUCCAAAUUUUCAGACAAUGAAUCGCGAUAAAUGAAAAUGACACGUAAAAAGUAGCCGGCUCUGUCGAUGAAUCAAGUAAACAUCUGCGGAUCACACAUGCGUUGAAGUUGAGUUCGGUGAAACGUUGCUAAUACGUUUACUUUUCUCGGUCUAGUUUUUGGAUGUUUUUUCCAGUGAAAUUUUUCUCGUUGAGUUAAUUCGAAUCGUUUUAUCGAAAUUUCUGUUUAGUGCCACGAUUUUUGACUCGAGGGACUUUGUGGUAAGUUUUGCAUUCAAGGUUUUGGGAUUCGUACAGAGAGCUUUACAGACUCUGUAAGCAAUGAGGUGGUUUUGAUAAUUUUUUCUCAUUAUGUGGAAAAGUUCAUCCUAUUGAUUCGAUAACUGUAGUUAUUCAAACGAUUCUACUCUUUCAUUGAGUACAAAUGAAUAAAAAAAUGAUUAAUCGAACAUUUCCCUUCAAAAAACUACCUCGUUGCAAAAUCACAGUCAAAUUUAACUCUUUUUUUCACGUAGUACCCUGCUUUGUGAUAUUUAUUCAAUAAUCCGGAUUAUUAAUCGUUAGAUUUAUUUUUCACUCGACCUCAUUCCUGAAGAAAUUGAAGAUUUCUUUAUUCUAAAAUAUUCCGUGGAAUCACAAAAAUUCAUCUGACGCAGCUCGAUGAAUUUAGCAAUUUAGGAGAAAACUUCGGUGAAAAAAAUUUCCUUCCGUAUAAUAAAAGGUUGGACAAACACGCGGGUUAUCAAAAAAAAACUAACGAACAGGCAGAAUAUCCAGUUUUUUCAUCAAAAACAUUCACGAGAAACACACCGAGAUUUUUCUAAAUUGUCAUCGAUUGUGAAAGAGAAUCAUAAAACACUAUCCAAAUUUUCAGUGGACGAAUCGCGCUAAAUGAAAAUGACACGUAAAAAGUUACCAGCUCUGUCGAUGAAUCAAGUAAACAUCUGCGGAUCACACAUGCGUUGAAGUUGAGUUCGGUGAAACGUUGCUAAUACGUUUAAUUUUCUCGGUCCAGUUUUUCGAUGUUUUUUCCAGUGAAAUUUUUCUCGUUGAGUUAAUUCGAAUCGGUUUGUCGAAAUUUCUGUUUAGUGCGACGAUUUUUGACUCGAGGGACUUUGUGGUAAGUUUUGCAUUCAAGGUUUUUAGAUUCGUUCAGAGAGCUUUACGGACUCUGUAGGCAAUGAGGUGGUUUUGAUAAUUUUUCCCAUUAUGUGGAAAAGUUCACCCUAUUGAUUCGAUAACUGCAGUUAUUCAAACGAUCUGACUCUUUCAUUGAGUACAAAUGAAUAAAAUAUUGAUUAAUCGAACAUUUCCCUUCAAAAAACUACCUCGUUGAAAAAUCACAGUCAAAUUUAACUCUUUUUUUCCACAUAGUACCCUGCUUUGUGAUAUUUAUUCGAUCAACCAGUUUAUUAAUCGUUAGAUUCAUUUUUUACUCGGCCUCAUUCCUGAAGAAAUUGAAGAUUUCUUUAUUCUAAAAUAUUCCGUGGAAUCACAAGAAUUCAUCUGACGCAGCUCGAUGAAUUUAGCAAUUUAGGAGAAAACUUCGGUGAAAAAAAUUUUCUUCCGUAUAAUAAAAGGUUGAACAAACACGCGGAUUAUCAAAAAAAAAAACUAACGAACAGGCAGAAUAUCCAGUUUUUUCAUGAAAAACAUUCACGAGAAACGCACCGAGAUUUUUCUAAAUUGUCGUCGAUUGUGAAAGAGAAUCAUAAAUCACUAUACAAAUUUUCAGAGGUGAAUCGUGCUAAAUGAAAAUGACACGUAAAAAGUAACCAGCUUUGUCGAUGAAUCAAGUAACCAUCUACGGAUCACACAUGCGUUGAAGUUGAGUUGCUGAUACGUUGCAGAUACGUUUACUUUUCUCGGUCUAGUUUUUCGAUGUUUUUUCCAGUGAAAUUUUUCUCGUUGAGUUAAUUCGAAUCAGUUUUUCGAAAUUUCUGUUUAGUGCGACGAUUUUUGACUCGAGGGACUUUGUGGUAAGUUUUGCAUUCAAGGUUUUGGGAUUCCUUCAGAGAGCUUUACGGACUCUGUAGGCAAUGUCGUGAUUUUGAUAAAUUUUUCUCAUUAUGUGGAAAAGUUCACCUUAUUGAUUCGAUAACUGCGGUUAUCCAAACGAUCCGACUCUUUCACUAAGUACAAAUGAAUAAAAUAUUGAUUAAUCGAACAUUUCCCUUCAAAAAAACUACCUCGUUGAAAAAUCACAGUCAAAUUUAACUCUUUUUUCCACAUAGUACCCUGCUUUGUGAUAUUUAUUCGAUCAACCGGUUUAUUAAUCGUUAGAUUCAUUUUUUACUCGGCCUCAUUCCUGAAGAAAUUGAAGAUUUCUCUAUUCAAAAAUAUUGCGUGGAAUCACAAAAAUUCAUCUGACGCAGCUCGAUGAAUUACGAAUUCGUUUUUCUAUGGAUCUGAGAGAGGACCAUUGAACAUUCAGCUAACGUUUUAUGUUAUACAGUUUUAUGGUGGGACAUAGAUCUUGUGUCGAUGAUCUGAAGCACAGAUGCUAAGUAUUUUCAAAUGAAUCGGAAAUUAUAGAAUUUUUCCAUUUGCGCCAUGUGCCCCGUUCCAUAUACAUAUUUUCUGGAAAAUAAUGCAACAAAAUUUGAUCACGGAUUCCCAAGAUAAAUUAAAAAACCUGUCUUUCGGAGUUACCACCCCCUGAAUUUCUCCCCUAAAAAUUGUCUUAUUCAAUAGCAACUUAUCAUUGUUGUAUGGUGUUAGUGCAUCGAUUUUCUCAAUAAAUAUGAUACUGUCUGAAGGUUUGAACAACCUCUUCUCUGAAAAUAUAACAGUUCAAACUUUUUCGUAGGAUGAAAUUAUGUCAACUUCUCCUUCUUUCCAUGCCAUUGACGACAUCAUUUUCUACUGAUUCGUGCCAUUGUAUCGCUAUCGUAUAUUAUUGGUAGAAAAGCUUUACUUAAGAGUAUCUAGAAAAGUGAUUUUAUAUAUCAGUAUUCUUAAAAUCAAUUUUGAACGUUCUGAAAGGAAAAUCGCCUUUCAGAAUCUAUUUUGGGUAAUGACAGCUCAAGUAAAAUUGUGACUAAUUUGAUAUUCUAGUUAGCGGUAGAAAUAAAUAAUUUUUAGUAUUAUCAUUCCAUUCUCGGUUUCUACUCAUUUUGCAUCUACUUACUCAAGAAUCGUCCUUUAUCUUACUUUCAAUAAGAAAAACAAGAUAAAUAUGGGACCCAUCUCAUCAGUUAACACUAUCUAUAUGACGAACUCAAAAAGGACUCUUCUGAGAAUUUGAAGAAAAUUUUUAGUACCUACCUACCUUGAAUACAUGAUAUUUCCGGAUGUGUCACUUUCAAUAUUUUUUUCGGAGUAUCAGAUAUGUGAUACAUAUGAGAGAAAAUGAUGUUACUUCCGCAGGAGAGUGCAAUAAUGACAAAAAUAUUUAGGUUAGAUACUAAUCACUAUUUCUACAAAUUUUCAGAAUGGUGUAACUUUUUACUCAAUGCAAUAGAUGACACAAUAAAUACUCACAAAAAAAAAUCCAAAAUGAAGUUGUUGGGUAUAAAACAGUCCUCGAUAUCAAUAGGACUACCUCAUUCGUAUACAGAGUGGCGAUAAAAAAUUACCCAUUUUCAAUUGGAACACUAUAUUUCAUUGGAAAUUUGAGUAGAGCUUGAAAAAAAAUGCCAAUAUAAUUAUGUUGUUUCAUGGGUCUCAGAUCGUGCUUUUCUGAUUUAUGUAUAAUUUUCAGAAAAAAAAGGGACCAGCAUUUCGAGUGAUGUACAUAGAUCAACUUCUUGGCUAUCGAAUUGCAGUUUGUGACAAAAAAUUUGAGCCGGCUUUACAAACAGAACGUUUUUGACAUCUCAUCAGCAGUGUUACCACAUUUCAAAAACUCGUAGAAUUUUUUCAUCUGGGACACCCCAUAAGGAAUGAAUCUUGUUGCCGGAUUUUUUCUGUUUCAUACCAACGUCAUGCAUAAUCCAAAAAAUAUCAAUUAUUACAACUAUAAAAUUUACAAAUCCAUUUUUAGAUUAUUCUUCUUUUGAUAUAAAACAGAAAAACGCCGAACUACAGAGUUAAAAUCAACAUCUUUUUAUACAAACUAUCGAACGAAAAAGCCUAGGUUUAUUCCAGUGGGAUUCGACUUCCUAAAGAUGCCAUUUCAUAUAAUAGUGUCCCAUUAAAAAAAAACGAAGAAUUUUUAAAAUGUGGUAACACUGCUUUUGGAUUCUCCAAAACCGUUUUAUUUGUGAUUGGGGCUCAAAAGACUUAUCAUUUAUGAAUUUUAUUGGCGGAAACAGCAAUUUGAUUGCUAACAACCUACAUACUCACAGCAUUUUAAACGAUGUACCAUUUUUUCUCAGAAUUAUCAAUAAAUUCAAAACGGACAAUCUGAAACUCAUUAGAUAUAUGUAUUUGAAUUUGUAGGUUCAUAUGUCGAAUGAAAUAUGUAGUGUUGAGUUGAAAAAACAGAACUUAAUUUUGCCACUCUGUAUAGCAAUAGAGUUAGUCAUAUUGUAAUUGAGGAUGGAUUUAUCCAGAACAACUCUAAUCUGAUAAUUUUUUCCGUAACUCUUAUAGUUUUGCAUAUAAGGCCUUUCUUAUUGCGCCACUCUGUACUUGGUUCACAUAUAUUUUUCAAAUUGCGUUUUCAUAAUAUGUCACCUUAUAAAUUUUUGCGCGAAUAUGUGAUUAUGGGAACUUGGGAUUUGACGUUUUUUAUUCACAAUCCAUAGUGCCUGAUGUAAUAAUGUUCAUAUUUUGAUGGUGAUAAUUGUAAACGUACAUAGUCAUUUUGUGCAAUUAAUUAAGAAAUUUAAUAAUUCAAUUCGUAUCAUGCUCGUAAUUAGCAGGUUUGCCUUAAAUAUUUUGGACAGCAUCCAAAUUUUUAAAUGUCAAGUAAUAUUAUCUACUCGUAAUUCUUGCGUGAAAUAGUUAUUUAUGUACCAAGGAGGAAAAAGUGUCUAUUAUAGCAAGCAGGCGAUAUAUUAGACAGUUUUUUACCAAGGUGUAUAUCAAAUUUUUUCGUCGACCUCACAUGAAAAUAAGUACUAACCUGUUUACUAGUCUCAGCUACGGCGCCGUAGCUGUCAAUUCCCUCAGUUCUGGAGGGAUGAAAAGUGUCAGCGGACGAAAUUAGUAUGUAAAACGUAAUAUUUUGUCGAGGUCGUCGAAAAAAUAUCGAAAUUAUUCAAUAUUUGCAUCGAUUGAUGAAUAGUCUACCAGGAAAUGUUCACACUUCCAGUCUUAAAUGGAGGUACUUAUAUUGAACUGAUAAACAUUGCACGUUCAUCAAUCUAUAGUUUAGAAGAUAAUAUUAUGAUAAAAUCAUUGUUGAUCCAAUGUGUUAGAGUAGAUUUUGUAAAUUUGUACGUAUUGAGAUUAAACUUGAAAUGCUCGCUUUUCUACUGGUUAAAUCGAAUUUGAAGGGGUGAAAUGAAACUUCAAUAUAGUUCUCGAACUAUGCAAUGUGAAAAGACUGUAAAUAACAUUCCAUUGGAUUCUUUGUAAAAUAUUAUCCAGUCCUUCAAUUUAUUCCAAUCCGAAGUAAUUAUGAAUUAUGCAUUUGAUUGGACGUUUGAAUAUUUAUUUAUAUUAUAUAUAAAUACUGACUAAGGUAUUUAAUGAAAUUAUGGGCAAUUAACUAAAUUGAGUUUUUCGAAAAUUAGAUGUGGCCAUUUGUUGUUUAUAUUCUAUUGAAAAACCUGAUCAGAUACAAGUUGAUACUCAAAAAGCAUUCAAAUCAUGUUCUAUGGGACCAUGUCUUCAAUUCGAGAUAAACUAUUAUUUGCUCCCUUCGAAAACAUUUUGUUAUUUUUGAGUAACAACAAAUAUUCCGAUAACCCAUGAUGUAAAUAUUCUUAUAAAUAAUUAUAUAUUAACUAUCUAGGUAACGUUGGCUUCAAAUCGGAGAAACCUGUUACGUUUUAUUUAUUUUAAGGUUAUCAAAUGUAAAUAUAUUUUCCUUUUCUUGGGAAAUGAUGCUUGAAAAUACUCUUGUAACUAUACCAAACUGAAUAGAUGAAUAUAAAAUA